AUGUCGACUUGGCAUAAUUCGGGCUGCAGAAAACCAGACGUAGUAUCCGUGGAUGAUAUUCCCGUAUGCAAGAGCUGUGGCUCAGCCUGCAUUCGGCAGCAGCCUACGGAUGCUCGUGAGCUACGCGUGGUAGUGUCGAGGGGUCAAGAAGGCCCAAGUGAGCUCAAGCUUGCGUGGCCAUCCACGAUUACUUUUUCACAACUCGAAAGUCUUCCGGAAGGUUCCGAGAUCAGACUGCGAUUAGAACAGCUGACGAUGCUCAGGGGCCGGAAUUCACCUCACGGGGAAGGUUUUCAAGAUCUACCUUUGAACGAGAAUACCUGCGUCAAUAUAAUACGCCAUCGAAACGGCCAGAUUGUUGACCACCACGAACUCGAUACACAAAAUACGCCUUCAUUUCAAAGCUUGUAUAAUUACGGUUUCGAUGCCGAAGAUGAUCGUUUCGUCGAGAGUCUGGAAAAUGACUUGAGAAACGGCGUCAGUGAUCUCGUAGACAUCCUGGAGAUGGAUUUGAAGAAUAUCUCGCGACGGGACGUGGACGAGACACUGCGAAGGAGCCAAAGAUCAGUGAAGGGAAAUAAUCCCAAUCGAUGCCGCUUCCCGCCCAUGUCAGGUCCUCGGAUGAAAUACCAGUCGAUGUUGACUCAAGCUCCCACGUCGAUGUCACGGCUGGCAAAGUCACAUGCUCCGCCAAUACAUCCGCUGAAUAGGAGGGUCGAUAGGCGAAAUUCAAACUCCGAAGAUCAAUGUCUUACACUUAGCCGCAUGUACAAGGACUUGGAGGGAAAGGACCAAAUCCGCCUGCUAUAUUUGAGCCCCGAGGACGCUGGACAUGGAAUGGUUCCCCGUGAACGAGCUCUUCAUGGCUAUUUAAAGCAUGUGAGUCUUGCCGACCGCCCAGGAUUCAUCGCAGUAUCAUAUACGUGGGCUUCUAAGGGGGGCGACAGAAAGGCGUCAAAGACGAUAUUCCUAGGCGAUAGCUGGGAGCCUUUGGCCAUUACACGUAAUUGUGCAGACGCACUCCGCCAACUACGCCACGCUACAGAGACUCGCGCAGUAUGGAUCGAUGCCGUGUGUAUCAAUCAGCUCAAUGGAGUGGAAAAGACACACCAGGUCGGAAUUAUGAGGGACAUAUACUCUAGCGCCGAGCUGGUCAAGAUAUACCUUGGAUGGGACGGCGUGUACAGGAAGCACGGCUUAAGGCGAGUGCGCGAUUCACUUUUCUGCGAUGGAAACACGGCAAGGCUGACGCAAGCCGAUUACGAUGAUGUUGAGGCGCUCUUUGAACGGCCUUAUUGGUCACGGAUAUGGGUGGUUCAAGAGGUCUUUCUUUCGAAAGAGGCCGUAGUAUUGAUUGGAGACAGCUCUAUACCACUGUCAUCAAUUUUGAGGACGGCUUUUUGCUCAUACUUUCCGACAUGGGUCUCUCUGGCCCAAGGCUCCAGAGCAGGGAGAAUUUGCCCACUGGGCAAUGCAGAAUCGUUUUCAGAGCUCCUUUUCGCUACAUCGUUCUGCAAUGCAUUGGAUCAAAGGGACAGAGUUUUCGCCUUGCUCGGAUUGGUACAAGGUGCGAAAUUGGAAGGCCUUGUAGCGGACUACUCUCAGACAGCGGCUGAGAUUUAUGUUGGCUUGACUGCGUACUUCCUCAUCAAGCAUGGACAGUUCAGACUUCUGAAGCUGGCUGCUAUCGAAAAUCGGAGUUCUGGCAUAUAUGACAACACCGAGAGACGUUUUGCUGGAGAAAGGCCCUCGUGGGUCCCCACGUGGGACUAUUCGCUGCGAACAGAUCUAAACUCCAUCGAGCAGCACCUUGUGAAGUGCUGCACUAACUAUUGGAGCACUGAAGAGUUCAUAUGGGACGAAGUGCGCGAAUCAUGGGUGAGCACUGGAAAACGAAUGUUGAGGGCAUUCCUCGAGAAUCUCACACCGGCAUCUCCUAGCCGAAGGAUCAGUAUGGAAGGAGACAUCAACGAGGACAACCCAGUUCCACGAGUUUUUCAAGGCUCAGGUGCGCUUCUUAUCCGUGCAUACUGCGUAUUGGAUCUGGAUAUGGCUUUGCACGGAGGCGCUUUUGUGGCAGACCUUUCUGGAGCAGGACUCGUCCUGCAGCCUCGGGUCAGCUCGCUGGGUUGGAGACUUCAUAUACUCUCAGAUUCGGCAUCUAUCGAACGCGAAGAUCGCUUCGUUGAAAUUCCGGGCUGUGAUAGCUUCCUCCACCUGAAACCAGUUGGGCGUGUCCCUGGAGCAUAUCGACUUGCGUCCAUGUGUCUCAUCGCUUUCGUAGCCGACAAGCAUUCUGAUAUGGCACUGUUACUCACACGGCUUGAAAACUCGUCAUCUUGCAGGAAUCACCGUCUGUUGAAUCGACUUAUCCCGUUUCUAUCGAGAGACCUACAAUACCUCCAAGACUGGAUGUUCGCAAUGCGUUUGAAUACGUGGCUAGUCCCUGCACGAGUGACGAAGAACACGGACCAGCUCGGUCAGGGUUUGUCAGCCAAAGAGAUAAAACAGUAUCAACAAUGGCUGAUCUACAUCACCCAAUAUUCCACAUCAGUCUUGGGUCAAGAAGAUAGACCGGGCACGGGCGAGCUCGACGAAGUAUUGGGAAAGCUAUCGUCGCACUUGGACGAAUGGCAGGAAAUCUCCCUGUGGCAAAGAAUAUGCGGCUUACUGGAAGCAGUCGACUGGCAACAAUACCUUAUGUUCCUGACAGAUAUGAGAUUUCGUCUGCAUCAGUAUUUCUUGCAUUGCUCAAACAUGGACAACGUUGAGAUGUCCAGCUUCUGCGAGGAUGCCGUUGAGAGCAAACUAGAAGGGUUACUUAUCGAUAUAUCGAGGACACUGCCGCUUGAGGAUGAGCGAUUGUAUUUCGGUGAUGUAACGCUAUCUGACGCGGUGGCGGAAGUUUGCAAUGGCAAUGUGGUAGAGGCUUGCCGGAAUAUGACCAUUUGGGCAAAUGAGACGGAAGACGGCAUAUUUGGUCCGUGGAUGAGGCUGGAAGCCUUCCUCAGGCACAUGCUGCACUGUCAAGCAGACAGUAACAGAAUGCUGGACAAGUUUACACAGCGACAGGUGCUGAAACAACUGUAUACGAGAUGGGAGCCGCAAGAUUUCCUUUUAUAUUGA